AUGAGUACCAGUACUUUGACUUCUGAACCUUUAUUAUCUGUUUUUGCCUCAGCCCCACGCAUACCGGCGGAUGCCAUUUUCGCUUUGACAGCGGAACACCUGGCAGACGCCUUUCCUCAGAAGGUGAACCUAGGACAAGGCGCAUACCGAGAUGACGAAGGCCAACCAUGGGUCCUCCCUUCUGUUCGUGAAAGCCGUAGGGUUAUAAACGAAGGCUUGCAACAUGAAUAUCUCCCUAUCUUGGGGCUUCAGCAUUUCAGAGACAAGGCCGCUGAGUUGGCACUUGGGCCAGAAACGUACGCUGCAGCAUGUAACAAGCUCGCAACUUGCCAAACGUUAUCCGGAACGGGCGCCCUCCACCUGGCCGGUCGGCUCAUCAAGUUCUGUCAACACUCGUUAUCCAAGGUCUACAUCCCCGAACCAACAUGGUCCAACCAUCGUCUCGUGUUCUCAUCCCUGGGCUUCAAAUGCGAGACAAUGCGGUAUUAUGACCAAGAAACAAAGACGAUUGAUAUGGCUUCGUACCUCUCCACCCUCCAGGCUGCUGAUCCGGGUUCAGUCAUUGUCCUACAUGCCUGCGCGCACAACCCCACAGGCUUGGAUCCGACGCCGCGUCAAUGGAAGGAGAUUGGAGCCAUCAUGAAACGAAGAAGUCUAUUCCCGCUAUUUGAUGCGGCAUAUUUGGGGUUUAACUCGGGAGAUUUCGACAAGGACGCGUUCGCGAUCCGCUACUUCAUCCAUGAAUUAGGAAUGGAGUCGGCCAUUUGCUUGUCAUUCGCUAAGAAUAUGGGGUUGUAUGGUGAAAGGGUCGGCUGUCUGAUACUGGCCGCUGCGACUGAGGAGAUAGCAGUCAACAGCCAAUCUGUCCUGGAAUCGCUUCAGCGUUCUGAGAUAUCCAAUCCGCCCGCGUAUGGAGCACGAAUUGCAGAAAGGGUCCUAGCGGAUGAAAGACUGCGCUGGUCUUGGUUUGAGGAUAUCAGGACAAUGAGUCGUCGGAUGCAAUCCAUGAGAAAAUCACUUUACAAAAACUUGGUUGCAAACUCAGCACCAGGACGUUGGGACCAUCUUCUCAAGCAAUCAGGCAUGUUUGGUUUCUUGGGGCUUUCCCCUGACAUAGUGGAGAAAUUGAAAACUGAAUACCACAUCUACAUGGUUGAGAACUCGAGGAUAUCGAUAGCUGGCCUAAAUCCAGCGAAUGUGGAAUAUGUGGCACAAUCGAUUGCGGCCGUCUUGAAACAGGAAGAAUAA